AUCUAGCCUAUAUCCAACUCACCCCUUUUCGGGUGUCGGCCAUUCUUCUCAUUCCUUUUAACACCGAAUUUCUCCGGCCGAUCAAUUCUCAUCUUUUUUAUCUCAAUUUCGAUUCUCCGAUCUCUUCACAGAUCCGAUUGAGAGUUACUUCCGAAUGGCGGCAUCACGGAGGCUCCGACAUCUCCAAGCCCAACCCGGCAACAAGAUCUGCGUCGAUUGUUCUCAGAAGAAUCCUCAAUGGGCUUCAGUUUCUUAUGGCGUUUUCAUGUGCUUGGAAUGCUCCGGUAGGCAUCGGGGGCUCGGUGUACAUAUCUCGUUUGUCCGAUCUGUUACUAUGGACUCAUGGUCCGAGAUCCAGAUCCGGAAAAUGGAGCUCGGUGGUAACGAGAAUUUCAACAAGUUCGUGUUACAAUAUGGUAUUCCGAAGGAAACCGAUAUUGUUACCAAAUACAAUACAAAAGCUGCUACUGUUUAUCGUGACAGGAUCCAAUCCUUAGCUGAGGGAAAACCCUGGAGGGAUCCACCAGUUGUUAAGGAAGUCCUGAGGGGAUCAGCAUGUAAUAAUAGUAGUAGACCGCCAUUGAGCUGCGGCGCAAGCGGCGGCGGCAGCAGUAGGCAUGGUGGAUGGGGUAGUUGGGAUAAUAAUGACGAUGGAGGGUUUAGUGGUAGCAAUACUAAAGAUAUUCAGAGAAAUCAGACGCUCGGGGAUUUUAGGAGUGGUGGUAGUAGUGGUGGUGCACCAGCUAGGUCGAGGUCGACUGCUGAUAUCACGAAGGAGCAGUAUGAGGCGUCAGCGGCAAACAAAGAUAACUUUUUUGCAAGGAAGAUGGCAGAGAAUGAGUCCCGGCCUGAUGGGCUUCCGCCCUCUCAAGGAGGGAAGUAUGUGGGUUUUGGAUCAAGUCAUGCCCCAAUGCCCAGGAAUAACAUGAAUCAGCAAGGGAGUGCUUUUUCUGCUGUUACUCAGGGACUUGGUAGGUUAUCUAUGAUAGCUGCAACAGCAGCACAGUCGGCUGCAAGUGUGGUUCAAGUGGGAACAAACGAAUUGACUACUAAGCUUUUGAGUACCUCGACUGAUUCCACGGGAUACCUGCCACCUCCCACCAGCAACAGUAUAACCAAAUAUAAAGUUCGAAGGAGAGAGGGGAGCACAACAAUGGCGAACGAAACAAUGGCUGAACAACAAAAGAAACGAACAAUGGAGGCAUUAGAGCGAAGAUUCGCUCAAGCAAAAGCUGAAAUUCAUCAUCAACAGCACAAGAACAAGAAAAUCAAUGUUACUAUAACAAAAACUUCAGCUGAAAACAACAUUGAACUCACUCCCCAUGGUAUCAAUUCUUCACUUUCGCCUCUCAAAUCAAUAGCAACUUCCUCAGCUCCGUCAUCCAAAAAAGGCCAUAUAUCUUUUUCUGCCCAUGCAUCUGCUCAAGAUGUUGAACUGAAUAAUCCAGCAUACCUUCAGAUAUCCCAUUCAGUAGACGAUAAUCUUUUGAAAAUUACCACUGAGAUUUCUGGUAAAAACAUGACUGCUAACGAUAUUUUGCACGAUCUUCUCCAACAUGGUGAUUCAGUGCAGAAAUAUAUGCAGGGGUCAAAAAAUGUGAAAGUUGAUAAUUGGAUUCUUCUUGAUAAUGUUGUGCAAAAAAGCAGCAUUGCUACUGGAGCUCGUAGUCGGGCUUUGCAGAGACGGUCAAAGAGAUCUAAAAGACAUAUGUCCAUAAAGCAACAUAAGAAGUUUGGAUCAUUUGAUUUGCCUCAAGAGUCUCAUGAUUAUGACAUCUUCAAGCCAAUGCAUGAUAAGUGGAAAGACUACGUGACAAAACUCCUAAUGAAUAUUGGGAAAAAUCAGUUAGCACAAUCUCUUCUUAAUGCAGACUUACAUGGUGCACUAAUUCUAGUUAUUCAGUGCAAAAUAGAAGGCUUAAUUGGUGUACGUGGUAUCAUGAUUCGUGAGACUGUAGAAACAUUUGGAAUAAUCACAGAAGAGAACAAAUUCCAAGUUGUACCAAAAAAGCUCUCUGUAUUGAUGCUACAAGUGGAUUGCUGGAAAGUUUUAUUGCUUGGAGACAAACUCACUUCGAGAAACAUGACUACAUGAUGACUAAAUAUCUAAAAAUGUUGCCACAAGCUGUGGUUAUAACUAAACAUCCUUUUUGCAGUAUCAUCUUACAGAUGAAGAAUGAUUCCAAUAGCUGUAUUAUUUCUUGGAAGAUCACUUGGCCUGGGUUUCGUUCUUGAAAGACUACAUUGGGCUUACAGUGGGAGAACAAAGGCGAUAUCUAAGGGGGUAAUUGGUUUUUGAAAUUUCUAUACUGUAUUAGAAUUGAACGCGUCUUUGUUAGGUAUUUUCUCUCUCAGUGAUAAGAAUUGAUGCAACAGUUUUAUAUUUUAUAUUGAGACACUGGUCAAGGAGUAUCUCAGUUACUGCAACAGAAAUGUAACAACAGCUACAUACCCAAUGUCAUCCAACAGUGUGGUCAGGGGAGGGUGGUGUGUACACAGCCUUACCUCUACCCUGUAAAGGUAGAGAAUUUUUCCAAUUGGGAUAUUCCUCGGGUCAUUUAGACUUGUACAGUUUAACUUCUAUUUAGAAAGUGAUAUUUAUCGUAUUGAUUUUACUGUUAAAAGAAAGGACCUUAGAGAUUUCUUGGAGAAAGCUUCUCUUCUUGCAUUUGACUUUGUAUUAUUACAUAUUUGGUAUAGCUGAGUUAAAAAUUAGAAUCAUACUUGUUAGCGCAA